AUGGAGUUGAACGAAACGAUGGACGAUGAGCUUGUCAACGCUACAGAUCUACCUGACUUGUCCAAUGUCCUCAUCGACACAGGCCAAUCGAAUCGUUCCACGAAUUUCUACGAUUACAGAAACAACCACGAGCUGGAGCAAGUUCUUCUUCUGGCGAUGAAGGCCACUGUCAUGGUAUUCAUCAUUCUCUGCGCUCUUUUCGGCAACCUGCUGGUAAUAGUGUCCGUAAUGAGGCACCGAAAGCUUCGCGUGAUUACUAACUAUUUCGUGGUUUCGUUAGCGCUCGCCGAUAUGCUGGUCGCUAUUUUCGCAAUGACGUUCAACGCGUCGGUGGAACUGUCAGGUAGAUGGUUAUUCGGUUACUUCAUGUGCGACGUAUGGAAUUCGUUGGACGUGUUCUUCAGCACUGUGUCUAUUCUACAUUUGUGCUGCAUAAGCGUCGAUCGAUAUUACGCUAUAGUGCAGCCAUUGGACUAUCCAUUGAUCAUGACGAAUCUUAGGCUGAGCACCAUGCUGAGCGUGGUGUGGUGCUCACCGACGGUGAUGAGCUUCCUGCCCAUCUUCGCCGGCUGGUACACCACCGAGAAGCACCUCGAGUUCCGCAGGAAUUAUCCGGAUGUGUGCGUGUUCCAAGUGAACAAACUCUAUGCCGUGAUCAGCUCCAGUGUCAGUUUCUGGGUGCCGGGCAUCAUCAUGAUCGCGAUGUAUUACAAGAUCUACAGGGAGGCCGAUCGACAAGAACGGAUGCUGUAUCGGAGCAAAGUGGCGGCCGCUCUUUUGAACAAACAUCUGCAGAUCAAUGGCAUUUCCGCCGGUUUGACCACGCUCCCGACCGUGGAUCAAUCGUCGCCUGAUCCACAGCCAGAAGAUCCACCGAUCACGAGCAGCAGUAAAAUGAGGAGAGAGAGGAAAGCUGCUAGAACAUUGGGAAUCAUCAUGUCAGCGUUUCUGGCCUGUUGGCUUCCCUUCUUUCUCUGGUACAUCAUCACAUCCCUCUGCGACAGCUGUGAAAGCAGCGACGCUGUAGUGGCGGUCGUGUUCUGGGUAGGCUACUUCAACAGCGCGCUGAACCCUCUCAUCUACGCCUACUUCAAUCGAGACUUCCGGGCCGCCUUCAGGAAGACAUUGGAAAGUUGUUGCGUGGCGAUCGGCCCUGUUCGCGAUCUACGUCAAGUCCACAGGAAGCAGGACUUGGUGCACAGCAACGCGUCGUCAGAGUUACACGUGAACAAUCAACUGAGAACCAGCGAGAUGACCAACGUGCACAUCGAGGCGUGUAUCUGA